GCUUCAUGCCCUUCAUGCAUCGACAUUCACAUUCACGAUCCAUUCGCACUCACGCUACACAGCAGCAGAGGUGGAAAGUAGUUGCAACGACGGCGUCCCUUUCCCUUCCUUCUCUCCCCACCUUGCCCCCCUUCUGGCGUUGCAUCCCAGACCACUCACGCAGAGACAGCCACCCAGCAUGCCACCUCCUCCACCUCGACGUAGUCGUCGAGCAGUUCCAGCUCCAGCUGCAGCAAGCCAAGAUGCUCCUCCUCCGCCGCCGCCGCCGCCGCCGCCCUCCUCGUCUUCUCAAGCGCAAGUCGAUCAGCUGAUCUCCAGCAGCGCAGCGCCUGCAUCCACUCCCGCCAUCAACAUCAACAUUCACGCCGACAGCGAUGCGCGCACCGCUUCACCCGCCUUUUCCAGUCCACAUCCAGCAUCAGCAUCAGCAUCAGCAUCAGCAUCAGCAUCAGCAUCAGCAAUCUCCCUCUCAAAUCCUCGCGCCGCUUCUUCUUCCACCACCACCGCUCUCGCGCCCAACGCCAGCGCAUCAUCAGGCGCAACGAUUGCACCCUCACCCUCACCUGCACCUAGCCAGUCUCGUUCAACCACAGCCAGCAUGGUCCCUCUCCCUAGAAACUUUGGCGGCGCUCCCAGCAGCAGCAGCAGCGGCGGCGGCGCGAGACCCACACCGUCGGGACAAAAGAUGAUCUUUAAACCAGUCAUGCCAGUCAGGCGAAAACCUGCCCCAGAACCCGUGGUGAAACAAGAAGCUUCUUCGUCCGGCUCGGGUACUGGAGGGCCUCCAUUCGGUCGAGGACGAGGACGAGGAGGAACAGGGUACGCCUCGGGUCGAGGAGUAGGGGGAGGAGGGGGAGGAGGAGCUGGUGGUGGUCGCGGAAGAGGGCGAGGCGGACCUGGCGGAGGGGCACCUCGCUUCGUUCCUCCCGAAAUGGUAGCCACUGGGCCUUUUGCACUGGGCACGGGCGCGAUCGGCAGAUCAUCAUCCAACCGACGUCCGGUUUCCAGCGGUUAUUCGUUUGGAGCGGGAGCAGGCUCGAGCGGAACUGCGCCGGGCCAAGGAUUGAAAUCGGAGGGGUCUCAAAGGUACAGAGAUCCGGACCAGCUCAAGGAUAGGGAAGAGUAUAGCGAUGCCGAGGAUGGAGGAGUGGAGAUCAUAGAUAUGGACGAGGUUCACUCGUUGGACUCUUCGGCACCUAGAGCGCUACCCAGGAUGAAGGAAAAGGAAGAGAGGGCAAAGAGGUUGGCCAAGAAGAGGGAGGAGAAGGCUAAGCGGGAGAAAGCGGACGAGUCAAAGACCAGCGACGGCAUGGGGAGCAAGAAUGUCAAGGGAGCGGCAGGCGCGGGCGGAGAUGAGGGGAUGGGUAGCGGCACGUCUACUCCAGCAUCUGGCGUAUCCCUCGGCAUCAAACCUGACCCUGCAGAUGAAGAGGCGGAGGCGGCCAAGGCUGCCGCGGAAGAUUCGGCGCGUGUGGAGGAGGAGGAGGAGGAGGACGAGACGGCGGCUGCUAAUGCUCUGGAUCUCAGCGCCAGCGAGGACGAAGAGACUCCAGACGAUCUGCUAGACGAUUUCUUGCCUCUGGACGAUAUGAACCAAGGCGAUGGUCCCGAAAAUCGUCUGUACCUGUUUCAAUUCCCUACCCUCUUGCCAGCCUUUGUGCCUGCUUCGGGCGCGGGCGCGGGCGCGGACGAGGAGACGAGCGGCGCGACGACGCACGGUCCUUUGAGCGCGAACGCGAGCAAUGCGAGCAAGACGAAGCGAGCAGUCUCUUUUGCGGAUGGAGGGGACAAGGAGAUCAAAAAGGAAAAGGGCGGCGGCAGCAGCACGUCGAACGGACUGAAUGGCGAUUCUGAGGAGGCUAAAGGCAGGCGGGUGAAUGGAGUGGGCAAUGGAAGGGGAAUGGUCGAGGGACAAGCGGGAAAGUUGGAUGUGUACAAGGAUGGACGCGUCAUGUUCAGGUAUGGAAAGGUGGUGAUGGAGGUGACGGGAGGAAGUCAGAGCACCUUUUUGCAGCACGUCAUGGUGCUGGAUGCGGCCAAGGAGAGCGCAGUGACGCUGGGCGAGCUGCAUCGCAAAUUCGUCGUUACGCCGGAAUUGGAGAGCAUGCUGAAGGAUGUGUCGUUGGCCGAGGAGGAGGAUAGGCGGGCCAAGGAAGAGCAGGAGCUGGAGGAUCGGGACUAGCGCGAGCGAGCGAGCGAGCGAGAGAGCGACCAAACCCGCAGCGAGCAGCGAGGACCAAUGCGAUCACAAGAUUUGCGCGGUCGGUCGACAACGCCUCGCGAAAUCGGCAUCCCGCUCCGGCUUUGCAAUGCCAUGCCAUUUCUCGAUUCAUAUCACGCGAGCCUUGAGCAGUAUACCCGCGAAU